CAUAGAAGUGAGUGGGCAGGUGGAUGAGCCUCCGUCAUCCAGAUCGCCGCACACCGGAGCUCACUGCGGUACGAUGCGGGCCCGCGCCGCGUGAGAGGAUGCGGACAGACCGGGGACGGCUCCGCGGGCGUGCUGCGGUCUUCUCUGGGAGCGGACUCUCUGCGCAUACGGCUGUUUGUGAGCCACGCAGGCCCGACGGAGGGAUGGGCUGGAUGCUGAUCCCGGCUCAGGAGGACAAUAAGAAUCUGAGGAUGCGGGCCGGAACGUUCGGCUUUGGUUCGGUGAUGCUGGGACACUUCCGGCCUGCAGGCUUUCUGAUUCUGUCGCUGAUCUGAUUCAAAUGAGGAGAUUUCUGCUUUGUUCCUCAGUGAGCUGAGAUUUCAAAUCUCUGACAGACUCUUCUCCAUCAUCUUGUCCUUGUUUUGUCCCUCUUCUCUGUGAGGCGGUCCUCAGAUGUGAUCUGCUGACUCUUCAUCAUCGCUCUCUGAAGGCUGGACGUCUUCCUCUGAAGAUGAUCUGAUGUUCCUCCUCCUUUCGGUAAAGUGACCCAUCACAUCGAUGAGGCCGACGAUGCUUCAGCAGAACAACAACAACAACUACCCCUGCCUGAACAUGUCGGGCUCCAGCAGGGAGAUGCUCCAGAAGUUCUCCAGAACCUCCCUGCCCUUCCCCAGCCGGGUGGAGCUGGGCCUGGGCGACCUGCCCCUGAUCCGGGGCCUCCGAGCCUGGGCGCUGUUCUCCAGGAACCGCCGGAAGGCCUGUGGGCUUCUGGGUGCAGGGCCGGCUGAUCCUAAAGGUCAGGGGGGCCCCUGCCCCCAGCCCGCGGACGUGUACCUGAGCGGGGAGUGGGGGCUCGGCCUGCCGCUGGGUCUGGACGCCCGGCAGGCUGAGAUCGGAGCCUUGGUGACGGUUGCUUCUCUGAAGACCUCGGAGGGCGGCGGAAAGACGCAGACUCAGUGCCUCUUCCUGCGGACACAGAAAGGCGGACAUUUGUACUCCACGGCCAAGCCGGCUGGGGGGGAUUGGCUGCAAGGAAAAACAGCCAAAGGAGGGGGUAGAGAGUCUGCGGAAAGCGGGACAAACCGGGUCAAAGUGAGGUCCGGCCGGAGGUGGAGGAAGUCCAGCAGUACGGCGCAGCGGGAGGCGCAGGAGAGGAGCGGGGAGCUCCAGGAAGAGCUGGACAAAGGAGGCCCGGACAGGAAGCAGCCCCCCAGCCCUCAGCCGGACUCCAGGAGGAGCAGAUGUUCCCACAGAACCUGCGAUCCGAAGAUGCAGACCUCCUCAUUUUCCAUUGACUCCUGUGAAGAAGGGAGUAAACACGAAACAAAGCAGGAGGAGUCCUCCGCUCCUGUAGGGGGCAGCGUCUGCUCUCCCAAUCCUCAAACAGACCUAAACCACUUUGAAGUGGAACCAGACAAUGGGUUUGAGAGUAAAGGAGAACUGGAUGCUCACCUCCAAAGGUCAAACCUCACAGAGGUCACGAGCAACACUGUGAAAGAGGAGCCGAACCCCCUCAAGGAGGCCUUCUCUGCAGAGGAGCAGGAGGAGAAAGGAGGUUCCUCAUCCCUCCUAAUUUCUGAGGAUGGAGAGAUGGAGCGCACCUGCAGCAGUCUGGAGGAGGACUGGCAUGGAGCUACAGCUAAUCUUGCCCCUUCUCUGCCCCCCCUGGCCUCCAUGGCAACAGGCCUUCCCUGUUUGGAGGCAGAGAGGGAGGAGAAAGAGGAGGAGGAGGAGGCAGCCAGAGUGGAGACGGAGGACGAAGAAAAAAGGAGGAAGAGCGGAGAGCUGGAGGAGAAGCGUGAGGAGGAGAGGAACUCUAAGGUGGCUGCAGAGGAGGAGAGGACAGAGGAGGAGGAGGAGGAGUUUGGGGUGUUUAUGCAGGCGGAGGAGGCGCCAGCGUGGAGCGAGGGGGUUAACAUGUGCGCCUCGUCGCCUGGUGAGAGCGCAGACAGCGGCUGCGACUCGAGCCUCUCCACGCCGGCGGGAGAAGAUCCCUCCUCCUCUCCUCCGUCUGACGCCUCCUGGGCAGCCUUUCCUCUGCAGACGUCGGACUCGGGCGUUGAGGAGCACCAGUGGUGGCCCGCCAGCGCUGUGGAAACCAGGAACGACAGGCCGUCAACCAAUCACAGUGUGGCAUCCGUCUUUACUGAAGCUUUCCCCACGCCGCCCGAUUCGCUCGGUAGUGACCCCUGCGACCUCGACGCCGCCAUCCUCACCCUGACUCAUCUCCUCAGGGGCAAAGCCGCCCAGGACCUCAGUUUCCUGGACAGCUUCCAUGACUUGAACAAAAUGAUUGGCCAGAGAUACAAGAGAGGCAGCAGUGUGUCUCGACAGCUGCUGCUACAGACUUUGCAUCUUCAGGAUCCAGAGACUGAAAUACAAACCGCGUCCUGGACUACUACCCGCCGCCUCUCCCCUGGCCUCCCAUCAGCCAAUCAGCAUGCUCCGAGCGGCAGACGACGACUAUCCUACGACUACAACAGAAACACCGCGGAGUAGCUCUGCUGCGUCAGCUCUGUUCCUAACUGCCUGAAUGACUGCAGGUUCAUGCCUCGUGUUUGAUCCGACCGUUUUUGCACUCUCCGUGUGGCGAUCCGCAGACCGACGGUGGAGGUUCUGAAGGAAAAGGGAAUAGUUUCACUUCACACGUCUCUCCAUCUUCUUCUCCAUCAAGCUUUCAGUUUCUUCAUGCUGUUGUUGGGCCUUGCCACCAUGUUGAGAUAAGAUGCUCAACUACUGAUUGAAGUGACCACAAGUCACCGUGAAAGGCAGUUCUUCUGAAAUAACACAGUUUACGUCAACAUUUUACCAGGAAACCACUUUUUAGGGUCUUUUUCACAACUAUUCACUUUCAAAGGAAGUUUCUUUACAUUAAGCUGCCGUUUUUUUGCAGAAUGAGAACGAGUUUAGCAGACAUUUUUGAAAUUCCAUUAUAAAUACAUACAGUGAGGCAAAUACGUAUUUUUGCAAAUUCUCCCACUUAGAAAUCAUGGAGGGACCUAACUUUGUCAUUCUAGCAUUUCCACUGUACCAGACAUAAUCUUAAAAAAAUUUGGAAAUUACAUAAUUUAUUUGUAUGCAACUACUCCAUAUAAACACUGAACACCCGAGAAAAUCAAAGUUUGGAAAGUGGCCUUGGUUUGCGAUUACACAGGUCAGACGUUCUAUGGAGCUAAAUUUGGGCCAAUAUUAUGUGAAACCCAAAUAAAACAAAUUGAAAAAAUAUUGGGGUUUGGCCAAAAAGAAGGUUAAAAGUCAGAAACUUUUUGCUAUUCUAAAAUAAAAUUAAUUAUUCUCAGCUUCAAAUUUUCUGUUUUUUAGGUUUCAAAACUCUAAAUUUCACAUUUUCAAAUCUUGUCUUCACUUUUACUCUUUUCUUUGUUGAAUUGGAAAAUUUCAGUUUAAAAACUUUCAGCCCCGUUGUGUUGUGUUGGGGCGGGGCUAACAUGAAGGACCAAUCAAAAUCAUUGAGGGUGGUAACUUCAGUCCCGGUGCAUUCACUGACUCUGAGAAUUUUUCAAUUGAAUUUUAUUUAUAUUUUUGUGAUAUAUCACAAAAACAAUUCCGUGCAUUCAUAUCACAGAACUGUGAUGGUUAUGGUCAGAAUAGUUGAUUAGUCUGUACUAUCAUAGUCUGAAGUUGUCCCAAGACGGGUUUUAGCGCAUCCAAAACGCUGUUGUAGCCCGUUUAAAACGCCAUUUUAUUGUGUUGUUGACAUUCAUCAAAACUGUCCUUAUUAAGCAUUAAAAACAUUGAAAACGUCUGUUUUAAAGUCCUUUAAAUGUUGUUUUAGCCCCGCCCUGAUGCGCCACAACAGGAC